UAUCAACAUCAUCCUUUACAUUCCUUUUAGCUAUACGGAUCUACGGCUGUGCCGUACAACUUGACAUCCUCACCUUCUUUAAAUCUCAUCACCACAUCGCCUAGUCUUGAGGCUGACGGAAGAUAGUUCUUCCUAUCACAUUUCUCUUAUCACAUCUCUUACUCGACUUUUUCCUUCCGACAAUCUUGUCGCUGGUCCGACAUCUUUUAGUCCCUCAAUAACCUCAUAUAUCUUCGUAAUCUCCUUACGUCCCUACACCAACUCCACCGCGUUUUUUUUUGGCUGGAGAUACAAAUCGGUUCAUACACCGCAACACAGCUACAUCGUUACUUUCUCAAACCCCCUGUACAAGAUGCUCGACGCAAUCUUCGAACCAGGUUUACUCGAACCUUCUCCUCUAGACUUUAUCUCUUUUUCAUCUUUCUCCGAUUUGUCAAUGACGUCCUUACCGUCAUCGCCUUCUCCUAAUUCCACAGCAAAAUACGACUUAAUACCUCGUACGGAAUCAGAGUACGGCACAGAGGCGAUGAUCGAAUCUGUUUCAAUAAGACCGCAAUCUGUCGAUGGGUCAGAAACAUCAUCGCCACCUUCUCCUCAACCAUUCCUUAUCUACACCUCGUCUCUUGAGCCGCAUUCCCCAUCUUCUAUUGUCGACUUUGGUAUUUUUCACACUCCUUCGAAAGCGGGUUCUUCAAUUACUUCAACUCUUUAUUCCACUCCAAAAAACCGGACAUUCUCAACCAAUCCGACAUUGACAACUUCGAGCUCCGUACCUCCACAGACGGCACAUAGCACCCGUUCGUCCGGUUCUUCAGAGAGUUGGGGAACCCCUCUCACUCCUUCCCUUCAAUCUUCUGCUGAAGCCUUUGCCGCUUUUGCCAAUUCUUCGGAUUUAGUAUCUUCUUCUUCUUCUUCUUCUCGUCCCGUCCCUUUCUCUUGGGAAGACGCUCCUCAUUCUUUACCAUCCGCUUCUUCACCUUUCACACCUAGUCCGGCUGUUCAAGCGGCACAUUCGGCUUUACGAGUCGCUUCCAAUCCUACUCUCGGCGCAGCGGCACGUAACGCUAGAGCUAUCAAGCAUAUCACUUCGAUGCCCGCGCUCAAAGAAGAAGAUCAACUCUUUCCCCAAACGCCUUCGCAAUGGCUCGACGAGUCGGCUAUGGCAGAAUCUUCUACGCCGUCCAGUUCAUUACAGCCAAACGAAACUUCCGGGGAUAGUCUAAUGCAAGACUUUAAUUGGGUUUUCAAUGGAUUGGAACAGGACGAUACGAUAUUCGACGCUUUCCGUCAACAUGCGGCGGAGAUUGAAGCUGCUACCCUUGCGGCCAAUGCGUCUACCGAACUACCCUCGAUGGGAUUAGAGGCUGGACCUGAUGCACAAGAAAUGGCUUGGCUGUUUCAUCCUCACGAUCCCGAUCUGGGAGGCACAGGUAGCCUCUCUUACGACUUACCUUUGAAAGAAAUGACGAUCAACCCGAUGGCGGUCAUGGCACAGCACGGAGCGGAUGAGAGUCAAAGACCUGUUUCGGCGCCUGGAGCAGAAGCGUCCGGUAUGUUGAGCGUACCCAUGGCAGACAUGAUGUCGAGGAGUCUAUCCUCUGAAGGUUAUGUCCCAACUCGUCACGCUCCACACCGCGACCUCUUCUCUUACACGCCUCAACAGAUACCUUGUGGUCCUCCUGCCCCUCAACCGCUCUAUACCACUGAACCAUCACCUUCGUAUAAUUCCCUCGGGCCUAAUCAUCAACCUCGACUACCUCCUACUCCCCGUUCGAGACGUACCAGUCAACACCGUCAAUUAUCCAUUCAGAUCCACCCUCCUCCUCACUCGUCUUACCUAGGUGGUUCACUUUUACCUCCCACACCUGUCUCUGCCAAUUUCGCCGAUUUGCGUUCUCAACAAGCUGCACUUCCGAUGGCUAGGUCUGGUAGUCAACCAUUACCUCACACUCGUAGAAUGUCUGGAGGUUAUACGGAUCCUAUUUCCAACGGACAAAUCUAUAGAGCACAAGCAUACGCCCGAAUGCAAGAAAAUGAAGAUGUAGGACAACAUGAUUUUUAUCAUCGACACGUUUCAGCGCCACUUCAUUCUGCGGCUAUGCAACCUAGUUUAUCUCAUCCUGGUCCAAGAACUAUGAGAUGGGAAGGACAUCAUCCUGAUGUUCAUUAUUCUCAACAUGGACAUGAACAAAUUCAACCUUCACCAGUAUUCACUCAUACUCCAUUGAUGAAUAUUCAUCCUCCACCUUCUCAUCAUUAUUAUCCUAUUCCACCCAGAGUACAUCCCCCACCUCAUCCUGGACUUUCUCAACAUCGACCAAUCGCUCGUUUACCUUCUCCAAAAAGUAGGAGAAUCUCACCAAACAAACGAUCCCCAUCGGGUAAACGUAAACACGUUCCGAGUGGUGGAACGUUUUCUUGGGGAGAAACAACAUUUAUCAAUUUCACUUCUGACGAUGCGGAGAAAUUGUUGACUGGUGUUGCACCUAGUGGAAGUCAAAGUAAACGUAAACGUGAAGAAGAAGCCGCAAGGUUGGGAUUAGGACAAAGUCAAAAUCUCGAUGCACAGAUGAGGAAAAGGUCAAAAAGUGGAGAGUGUUGAUAUAUCGGAAAAAGUGUUUAACGCAAUCCUUUUUACGGCUUUAGAACCAGAUCAUACUUAAUCGUAAUUCGUUCAUUCCCCGGAAGUGGAAAUGUCGAAUUUCGGUUGGAGAACUUACUUAUCAAAGAGGAUGUAUCGAUGGGUUUGAUAACAGCUGGACUGGGAAUUGAAUCCUCGAAAGGAUCGAAAAGCAGAAAGUAUGGAGUUGGCGUUUGGAAGAUAUGACAAAGUCAGGAGAUGUUUUUUUUGAAAAAAUUGAAGUGAAAUUGAUUAAAUGGUCAAUGAUCUAAUAUCAAAGUAUAAGUAGUACCCCAUCGCUUCGUUAAAAUUGCUUGUAGAACCCUUUUUUGUAGUGUUAUUUCGUUAGAUGAUGCAAAUUGAAUGUUAUUUGAU